GAACACAGACUGGGGGUUAGAGAGAGAGAGAGAGAGCAGCAGCCUGGGCCCACGGACAAAAACUCACCGAAACGGAAUUACAUUCUCCAAGCAUCGUCUUACCAACCCAAGUCUGCAAAGAGAGCGUGUUUUUCUGCGUGUCCUAAAGCCCGAUCUAUCAGGAGUUACUGCAAGUGGGACUCGAUGAAAGAUGACAGAGGAGGUGAUUGUUAUAGCCAAGUGGGACUACACGGCUCAGCAAGACCAGGAACUAGACAUCCGGAAGAACGAGCGCCUGUGGUUGCUGGAUGAUUCCAAGACCUGGUGGAGAGUCCGCAACGCAUCCAACCGCACCGGCUACGUCCCCUCUAAUUACGUGGAGCGAAAGAACAGUCUGAAGAAAACCUCACUCGUGAAGAACCUGAAGGAUACUCUUGGACUGGGAAAAACGAAAAGGAAGACCAGUGCUCGUGAUCCAUCUCCCACACCCAGCACAGAGGCAGAAUACCCAUCCAAUGGCAGCACAGGAGGGGGUGGAGGGGGCGGGGCCGAGCGGAUCUAUGACCUGAACAUUCCCGCACUGGUGAAGUUCUCUUACGCAGCUGAGCGUGAAGAUGAACUCAACCUUGUUAAAGGGGAUAGGGUGGUGGUCAUGGAGAAGUGCAGUGACGGCUGGUGGAGGGGUAGCUAUGCCGGCCGUGUUGGUUGGUUUCCAUCCAACUAUGUCCAAGAGGAGGUGGGAUACGCAGACAAUGAUGGGGUCUUUGGGGACACUUUGGGGGGCUUCCGGUCUUUGAAGGUUGGGCAAGGUGCGGCGAUGGCCAACGGCCGGCCAGGAGGCUCCGGGAGCUCUGUUCUGCAUGUGGUCCAAACUCUGUACCCCUUCAGCUCCGUUACGGAGGAGGAACUGAACUUUGAAAAGGGCGAGACUAUGGAGGUUAUGGAAAAGCCAGAGAAUGACCCAGAGUGGUGGAGGUGUAAAAACAGCCGCGGCGUUGUCGGCCUUGUGCCCAAGAACUAUGUGGUAGUGCUCAAUGAUGGGCCAGUAACGAAGGGCUUAGGGUCAAAUCACGGCUCGCCUCACAUCAGUCACACGGUGCCCUCACGCACAGGCAAAUUUGCUGGAAAGGAUUGGUAUUAUGGUAACGUGACACGGCAUCAAGCAGAGUGUGCGCUUAAUGAGAGAGGAGGGGAAGGGGACUUUCUGAUACGGGACAGUGAGUCAUCGCCCAGUGAUUUCUCCAUUUCUCUGAAGGCUGUGGGGAAGAACAAGCACUUCAAGGUGCAGCUUCAGGAUGGAGUGUACUGCAUCGGCCAGCGGCGUUUUAGCAGUAUGGAAGAGCUUGUAGAGCACUACAAGAAAGCGCCCAUCUUCACCAGUGAGCAAGGAGACAAACUCUACCUUGUCAAGCCCCUUGCCUGAAUCUGGCACUGUUUUAACGGACGUUACCUCUUCCCCCGUGCACCUCUGUUUCCUUCUUCUCUAUCUUUUCUUUUCUCUUCCUGCACACUCCUCUGACUUUACUGAACCCUUGACUGAGGGGAUGAAGAUAUGCUCCUUUCCCAACCAACUUCAAGGACUUCUAACUCUACAUCGCCUCCACGCUAGUAGGGAGCAGUAGCAACUUUAUCCUUCUUUUAAAAAGAGAUGUCCAUCCUUGAUACAUGCGUCCUGUUUAGUUUUUUUUUAAAGUGAUUUACAGCCACCUUGGAGAUUUUAGUAAAGACAGACAAAAUGCCAUCCUCACUAAGCAACAUCUGUAGAACUCUCUUUGGACAGCUGUUCUUUUGCUCUUCCUUGUUGCUGGUAGAAUCCACAACCUCAACCCACAUUAUAUUGGUUUACAUUUCUCUGCCUGAAAGAGCAUUACAGUACGUACAAUUGUAGCUCUUGUACUGAAUUAUCAGAGGAGAAUAGAUUCAUGUGCAUGUCUUAACCUUGAUUCCUCAGAGCAGAUGGCCAUGUGAAGAAUGAGGAGUGCGAUUUGGUUCAUAACUGAAGAUUUGUCUCCAUUCAUAGAGCUCAUACAAAGACCACGCAACAUUUCCGUGCGUUCACACUGGUUGAAUCCAAAUCCGAUCCAAUUGUUGGAAUGACAGUCCGAUUUCGCCCUGAAAUAAAGCGGUGCUGUCCCAUCCUCUGAGCCUUUACAGACACUGUUUUUGCAUCUACAGUCCGUCCAGCAUUCAUGAAGGCAGUGUUUGGACUUCUCUGCUCUUACAAUGCGAACACACACAGCUUUCCAGGUAUUUCUCUUGGGUCCGAGUCACUUCAGGGUUUCUUCAGAAUCAGGGUACUUCAUAAAGGGAGAUAAAUGCCGCAGUUACGACAUGCGGUAAAAGAGACUGGAAUGAAACGGGAUUGUAGCUUCUAAGAGAGAGUUAGUCUGAGAGUUUUUGAAUGUGUGUCCUUUCAACCAAAUGUGCCACCCACUUCCAGUUCUGCUAUACUGUUGAUGUCUUAUCGCACCUCACCAACACGUCUUCUCUGCUCUCAGUAACACAUAGUUGAUUGUGAACACUAAUUCAAGAGUAAUAAAACAAAAAAUAUGGUUUUAUUUCUGUACUUUUGUCAAUUACUCUGUUUACCAAUAAGCGUGUUGGUCAAGGGGUUUUCAGAUUUUUUUUAAAAAAUCUAUUUGUCUGAAUGUUAUUGAGCAAUGUUAUUUAAUUCCUCUUUCCACUGUAUGUACAUAUAUAUAUUAAAAAAAAAGAUAUGGUGCAUAUAUGAAUCGUUUAGAUCCAGCAUUAUGGUACUGUAUUGAGGACAGUGUGGUGAGAAUUAAAAUACUUUUGUUCAAUAAAAGUUUUGCAGAAUAACGUAAAAGGA